AUGCGAAGCGCCAGGUUUCAGCCCUUCCAGUCCUACUAUUUGACUGCACGAUGGACAUAUGCAGCAAGUACAGCAAGUAUUUACAUGAGACAGGAGACUGAGAAGCCAAUUCAAGAGAACAUGAAGAGAAUCCAAUCAGAGCUCGAGGUGGCAAAGGCUGACUAUUGCAGGGGGCCCAUGGUGAUGUUUGUGGGAGCUUUCAGUGCUGGCAAGUCCACCCUCAUCAACACUAUAUUGGGUCAGAAAGAUCACUGCAAGGUUGGAGUGCGACCCACUACCACUGACCUUCAUAUUUCAUUCCAUGGCGUGGAAUUUCACUCGUGGACUCGGCCGGCCUUGAUGCUAUGA